AUGACCUACAUUGUUCUACGUAAUCUCCCAAAACAUGACCAAUCUCUAAUUUUUAGUGUAUUUAUACGAUGUAAUAAUAUAUCAAGAUCAAAUCCCAUAAAAUUAUGUCCAACAAAAAUAUCAGGAUCAUGUUUUGCAUCAUGCAGAGAUUUAUAUGAAUUGGUUUUGCAUUGUCAAUUUGAUUCAGUUCUUUCUGCUCGUUUAAUGUAUGAACUUCAAAUUUUACCUCUUACAAAACAACUUACCUCACUUGCUGGUAAUCUGUGGUCAAAAACUCUAACUGGUGGUAGAGCCGAACGUAAUGAAUAUUUGUUAUUACACGAGUUCCACAGAUUAAAGUAUAUUUAUCCUGACAAAGAGGCCAAUAAGCAACGUUCAUACAAUAAUAUUGUAGAACCAGAAGAUAAUGGUAUAGUAACAAAAGAUUUUUUAUUUGAAAAUAUACAAGAUAUUAAAAUGAUCCAAUAG